ACCUGCCCGGCUGAAAGCUUUAUAAAGGGACUGAGUGGUCAUCCUUUACCUCAAGCCAUCUUCUACCAUCCAACAUGAAUUCAGCAACAAUAAUCAGCACACUGCUCAUCGUGACCAUAUCUCUUCUCUGCUCUGUAGAGGCUCUGCGAUGCAUCAAGUGUGAACAUUACCUAUCUUCCAAGAUUUGUAAGACAUCAGAGCACUACUGUGAGACAAAAGAUAAGGAGAAGUGUCUCCUAACCAUUUUGUCUAUAGGUAAAAAACGAUUAGUUGGAAUACAGACAUGUGCUAGUAGUUGCAUUAACACUACUAUGUCCAUGAAAAGUUUUCUAUUUCAAAAUAUAUGUUGUGAUUCUCAUUCUUUCUGUAACAAGCCAAGAGACCUAGUCCUUUCUUGGCCUGCUCUACUUAGAGCUGGUCACUAAGUUAUAAUCCUGGAUCAUCAAGCUUUCUACUGAAUGAUACCUCCAGCCUCAUACCCUGGUUUCUACAUAACAUUCCUUGGAUACAGUUCCUAUUUUAUAUGAAUGCCCUUAAUUUACAUUGGGUGUUGUGCAAAACAUUGAAUGACUUAUCAAAUUGAGUUCACUGUUCAAUAUGUUUUCUUAGAUUAUGUUCAAUUAAAUUAGU